AUGCUUGAAGACGUGGGCGUCGGCGAGACAGUCGUUAUAGUUGAUGAGCUUGAACUGCCCGGAGAGGAAGUCGAGGAUGUGCCUGCGACGCUUGCGGUCGCGAAAGUGUUGGAAGAAUCGACGGAGCUUGAACUAGACAAUUCAGUUGUGCUUGUUGUUGAUGACGACGAUGGAGUCAAUGAUGUCGACAACAAAGACGCGGGAUCGACACUCAGGCUCGACGUGGAUGAAAUAACAGUAGAAGAGGCACUUGGAAGGUCACUCGAACUGCUCUGGAAGAGUUGGCUGGAGCCACUACUUGAGGUCGACGAAGAUAUUACUGUCGAUUCAGACGAGGACAGUAACAUUGAACCUGAUGAAAGGAGCUCUGAGCUAGAUGAGGCCCUCGUUGAGGAUACAUUCGUGGUCGGGAGUAAGGUAUCAUCUUCCGCUGUGUUGGCUGUACUUGACGAUAUGAUACUGGAGAUGCUGGAAGAUGGUCCUGAGGGGCUACUUGAGCUGAUACUUGAAGUGGAGGACGACGGGGGUAAGUCUAAACUAGAAGGCGAGCUCGUCGAAGCGGCACUCGUGCUUGACAGCAAGGUAUUCGGCUCGACAGUAUCAGUCGUACUUGUAGAAGUGGUGCUGGUGCCAGUAAAUGAUGUACUUAGGGAUGGCUCGAAGGUCGAAGAGCUUGAGAUUAUUGAGCUCGACAACCCCGGCGAGAGGUCAGUAGAUGUUGACGUGGAAGUCAAGGGUAGAGUAGUAGCAGGCUCAGAGGCGAAGCUGGAUGAAAGCACAGAGGAAGCUAAUGACGAUGAGGAGAAGGUCGAAGUGCUCAUCGACGAAGACUCUGAUGUAGACGAGCUGACUGAAAAUCCAGAUGAGGUCGAAGGAAUGGCUUCUGGCGCUGUCGGAGAAGUCGACGACGACGACGAAGAUAUUGGCGAAGAGGUGCUUGUGGUGCUCGCUGACGAUGACUCGGACAGAGAAGUUGGGGAUCCUGCAGUGUUUGUCGCACUGGAGGACGUAGGGGUGAAAGAAGUAGAAGAUGGGAGUAAAUUCGAGCUUGAAAUUGUGAUUGUGAUCCCGGUGGUUGAACUAACGGAGGAUGUCCAUAAGCUCGAGGAAGAUGAUUCCGAACUUGAAACAAAACUUGCUGAAUCAACUGAUGGGGGGCUCGAAGAUAGAGACAGCCCGGUUGAGGUUGAUGAUGAGGAAAGUGAUGAGCUAGACAAGGCCUCGACUGAGCUGUCGAAACUGGGUUCGGGUGAAGAGCUUCGAUCCGAAAUUGACGAGGAAAGGGAAGACGUCAAACCAGUAGUCGGCGAUUCAGUGAACGUCGAGACAAGACUAGCGGGUCCAAUCGUUGGAGAUAAGUAUGGAGACGUAAACGUGGUAACGGACGAGGAUGUAGAUGUUACGGAUGCGGCUUCAUCUGAGCUUGAUUGGGUAGUUGGAGAAGUUGAUAUGACAGUAGAAGUGCUGGUUGAUGAGGAUACGGAAGAUUCGUUGGAACUAGCGAUAGAGCUCGAUGACGAUAGGGAACCACUCUCUGAAGAGCUUGAAGUUGUCGAACUUAAAAGUAGAGUUGCGGGAUCGACCGUGAAAGAAAAAGACUCAGAGCUACUCGUGGAUAUGCUAGCAGAGGAAAGUAUUGGUGUGGUUGCAAUUUCUCCAGAGCCUGCUUGCGAGCUCACUGAAGUUGAUUCAGUGACCGAAAUACUAAUUGUAACUGAAGAAGGAGAUUCCGUGGAGCUAAUAGUAGACGUAGCCGUAGAACUUGAAGACGACAGCAAGACACUCUCAGAGGUGCUUAAUGCACUUUCAGUCAAAGUGCUCUGCGAAGUUGGCAGUAGGCUAUCUGGGUUGAUUGUAAGGCUGGACGAAGCGGCUAUAGUGCUGGAAACAUCUGAAGAGGAGGAGGCAACAUUUGAUGUUGAGCUGACGGAAGUCGCAGUAAUGGUACUGGAACUGGUGGGAGAACCAGAAGAAGUGUCCAAAACGUCCAAAGCUGUAAACGAAUUUACUUUCGCAGACGACUGUGGAAUUAACGAGGACGAUUCAAGUAUAUCCGUGGAACUCAAGCCUUGCUCUGUAGAUGGGCUUGAUGAUGUAGACAGCAGACUGUUCGGAUCAACCGUCACACUCGAAGACGAAAAGUCAGUCAAAGAGCUCUCAGACGUAGUGGCUGUGAUUUCCAGCGUUAGACUGAUUGAAGUUGACUGCGGCAAGGUCGAUGUUGGGGUUGGUGUCAAUGAAUCUGCUCCGUUGGAGGUCGAGGAACUGAUAUCCUGUCUUGUUGGGAGGGUAGUUGAGGAAGCUAGCGUAUCAAGAUUGACGGUAACACUUGAAUUUGAAGUGAUGAAAUCAGAGCUCUCACUACUCAGGGUGCUUGAUGAGUCCGCAGCUGACGAGGACGCGGUGCUGGUGAUGGACGAGGACGGAUCAGACGUAGCAGUUGAGCUUGAUGCAGAUGAAACCCCUGAUGAGCUGGUCAGUUCCAAUGUUGAAGAACUUGUCUCUGUGGCCGUAAUUGCAGAUACGAUAGACGUAGACAGUAAGGUGUUGAUCUCUACUGUAUUCUGA